CGAAGAGUAGCCAGUAAAAUGUCACGUUCAUUCGUGAGCAGGAAAGCAAUAUACCUUCGUGCAGGCAACCGGUGGUUAUAUAUUUCCGAGACUGAUACUUUGCAUCAGUCAGCAAUGAGCACAAUGCAAGUGCUAGUGUGCGCGUUAGCAAUACUAUCAGCGGUAGCCGCUCAGAAAGAGACGCACUAUGUGCCCGGUCAUGAUGGGAUGGUGCAUCUUUUUGAGUGGAAAUGGCACGACAUUGCAGAUGAGUGUGAAAGAUUCCUCGGUCCCAUAGGAUUCGGUGGCGUGCAGGUUUCUCCGAUCCAAGAGAAUGUGAUCGUAGGCAAUAGACCAUGGUGGGAACGUUAUCAGCCUAUAUCCUAUAAAUGGCACACGAGAUCGGGCACGGCGGACGAAUUCAGGGAGAUGGUUCGCAGGUGUAACGACGUCGGCGUGAGAAUUUACGUUGACGUGGUGUUCAAUCACAUGACCGGUAAUCACGACAACGCGAGAGGUACCGGCGGUUCGACAGCGGAUACUCAUAGCUUCAGCUAUCCAGCGGUACCGUACUCCGUAUUCGAUUUUCACACACCCCCUUGCGGCAUCAAUAAUUAUAGGGACCCAGUAAAUAUACGGAACUGCGAAUUGUCCGGCCUCCACGAUAUCGAUCAGUCCAAGGAAUAUGUCAGAGAGAAGAUCGUCAAUUUCUUGAACGAAGCUGUCGACGCUGGAGUUGCUGGUUUUCGAGUGGACGCAGCUAAACACAUGUGGCCGAGCGACCUAGAAGUGAUCUUCUCUCGGAUAAAAAAUCUCAACACCGAGCAUCAUUUCCCUUCAGAGGCGCGACCCUAUAUAUUCCAAGAGGUAAUCGAUUACGGCGGCGAAGCAAUCAGUAAAUAUGAGUACAACUCUUUCGGCGCGGUAACGGAAUUCCGCUACGGUAUGGAAAUCAGCAACUCCAUGAAUGGAAACAAUCUGUUGAAAUGGUUUGGCAACUGGGGAGAAGCUUGGGGCCUGCUGCCGUCUAAGGAUGCUGUGGUAUUUAUUGACAAUCACGAUACUCAGCGUGGUAACCCCAAUAUACUCACCUAUAAGUCGUCGAAGCGGUACAAGAUGGCUGUUGCUUUCAUGCUGGCGCAUCCUUACGGGACCGCGCGUGUCAUGAGCUCCUUCGACUUUCAUUCCUUCGACGCUAAUCCGCCGCAGGACUCCGCUGGCAAUCUCCUAUCUCCAAUCAUCAAUCCAGACGAUACCUGCGGCAACGGCUGGGUCUGCGAGCACCGAUGGCGCCAGAUUUACAACAUGGUGCGCUUCCGAAACGCCGCGAAUAAUACCGACAUCAACAACUGGUGGGACAACGGCCAGAACCAAAUCGCCUUCUGUCGCGGUAACGCGGGAUUCAUCGCGAUCAAUGGCGACGGAUAUGACUUUAAGCAGACUCUUUUCACCUGCGUGGAGCCUGGCACUUACUGCGACGUCAUCUCCGGGAACUUGGAGAACAACAAGUGUACUGGUAAAGUCGUAACAGUCGAUCAAGAUAGAAGGGCGCAUAUAGAAAUCUUGACGAACGAGGAAGACGGUGUUCUCGCUAUUCACCAACAGGCAAAGGUGAAGUCAUAAAGAUCCAAUUAGACGAAUAAAAAAUUUAGUGCUAUGACACAGAAUGUAAGUACAUAAUAUAAAACAGGUGUAAGUUUAAAAGAAUUUAAUUGCAUUCGGAUUAAUUACAACCAACUAUGUAAGAUAUAAUUUGAUUGUACUUUUAUUUGUACUUGUACUUGUUACGAAUAAAAUAUAAGCGUUUGCAUAGCAACACAGUGUAAUGUGUUGGUAUGUUUGAAAUGUCA